AUGUCCAAAUCCAACCUUACAUUACAGAGCUCUGAUGGCGAAGACAUUGUCGUUGAACGCGAAGUUGCAGAGCGGUCAAUUCUCAUCAAGAACAUGGUUAGCGACCUUGGAGAAGAAGCCAUGGAUGAGGCAAUCCCCAUCCCAAAUGUCAAUGCCGCUGUCCUGAAGAAGGUCAUUGAAUGGUGCACCCAUCAUAAGCACGAUCCUCCCUCCACCAACGAGGAUGACUCCGACUCCCGCAAGAAGACCACCGACAUUGAAGAAUGGGACCAAAAGUUCAUGCAAGUCGACCAAGAAAUGCUUUUCGAAAUCAUCCUGGCUGCCAAUUAUCUCGAUAUUAAAGCCCUCCUCGAUGUCGGUUGCAAGACCGUCGCAAACAUGAUCAAGGGCAAGUCUCCAGAAGAGAUCCGCAAGACCUUUAACAUCCAAAAUGACUUCACCCCUGAGGAGGAAGAUCAAAUCCGCCGUGAGAAUGAGUGGGCUGAGGAGUAA